AUGUCGUCAGUCGGGAAAAUUUACUGUAACGCCCAUAACCCUCGACUCUACAAAAUUCUCAUUGUUGCUGAAUACAACAACCUUGAGGUAGAUGUUAAUGAGUUUGAGUUGGGGACUCAUGACAAAUCGCCAGAGUUUUUGGCAAAAUUCCACCAUAGCAAGGUCCCCGCGUUCGAAAGUACCGAUGGCGUUCAUUUGAAUGAAUCUGGAGCGAUUGCACAUUAUUUGGCUUCGCAUAAGGAGGGUACUCAUCUAUUAGGCAAAGAUAAAAAGGAAACGUCACAAGUUCUUCAUUAUAUUCUUUUCGCUGAAAAUGAGAUCACACCUCAUGUGAAUACUUGGAUAAAUCCUAUUCUUAAAAUUGCAUCCUAUAAUAAACCAGCUCAUUCUCAAGCUGUUGAUAGUCUGAAAAAGUCAUUAGAGGUGUUGGAAAAAGUAUUGUUGAAAAAGACAUAUCUUGUGGGAGAACGUAUAACAUUGGCAGAUAUCAAUGUGGCCACUGCACUCUAUCAAGGUUUCAAACACGUAUUAGACGCAGAAUUCCGCAAAAAUUAUAAAAAUCUUACGCGUUGGUAUGUGACACUCGUUAAUCAACCUAGCUUCAAAAAAGUUUUGGGUGAAGCUCCUCUUGUGGAAGUUGCUGAAGUUUGGACUCCUCCCAAGAAAGAAGAAAAAAAGAAGGAACCCAAAAAAGAGCAGCCAAAGAAGGAAGCUAAAGCCAAAGAAGUAGACGAAGAGGAGGAGGAUGAAAUAAAACUUGAACCUAAACCAAAGAGCAAAUUAGAUUCUCUUCCACCUAGUAAAUUAAAUCUUGAAGAAUGGAAGCGCUUCUACUCUAAUAAUGAUACUCGUCCAACGGCUAUUAACUGGUUCUGGGAACACUAUGAUCCCGAAGGUUAUUCCAUUUGGCGCGCAGAUUACAAGUAUAACUCAGAACUUCAAAAAAUCUACCAAAGCUCAAAUCUCAUUGGUGGAUUUUAUAACCGUCUAGAACGUGCUCGUAAAUAUGCUUUUGGUAGUCUGUUGGUUCUAGGCGAAGAUAACAAUAAUGAAAUUGCCGGUUAUUUUGUAAUCCGGGGUCAAGAAAUACCAGAAGAAGUAUAUGAUGCUGCUGACUAUGAAAGUUAUAACUUCACAAAGGUUGAUCAUAGUGAUCCUGCUGUUCGUUCAAGUUUCGAGGAUUAUUUGGCUUGGGAUGGUCAUCUUGACGGCAAGAAACUUGCAGAUGGCAAGAUCUUCAAAUAG